AUGAUAGCUAGCUCCUUCUGCAAUGCUGAUUCUAUGUUUUUAAGUGAAGAGGGGAUAGAUGUUAGAAAGAUGAUGGAACAUAAAAGGAGCAUUUGCUCUGUUGAUGAAAGCAAUUAUAAUUCAAUUGCAUCUAAAAAGCAAAAGCCUGAUUUAUCGAUCACCACUAAGGAUAGAAAGGAAAAGAUUGGCGAACGAAUUGUUGCUCUUCAACAACUUGUUUCACCUUAUGGAAAGACAGAUACGUCAUCUGUUCUAAAGGAGGCUAUGGAAUACAUAAGGUUCCUUCAUAAACAAGUUAAGCUGCUUAGUGCUCCUUACCUCGAAACUACACCAGCAAUCCAAACGACAUAA